GAGCGCCGAGCACUACGACGACGCACAUCGGCGGGAUAAGGAAAAACUGGCCGAGGCGCGCACUGCCAUCCAAAAAAAAAGUGGAAAGAAACAGAAAAAAGUUAGAGAAUCGAGCGGAAAAAAGCGAAAAACGCACUCGAAAGAUACACUUUUCGGACGAAAUGUCUUCGCGGCGUGUGUGCAACAAACAUUUUGAUUAGGCAAUUAAUUGAGCAAAGUGCAAGUGCAGUGGGUGGAAAAUGUUUUAGACUCGGUGGUGCUGCUCGGUUGGCUCGCCAGAUUGCGACGGGGUCGUCGGGGUGCGGCGGCUUUUCCGGGGGGCGCAUGUGAAAAGCGCGUAAAGAAAAGACAUCAAUAGUCAAUUGUAAUUUAAAGAGUAGGGAAUCGAACGACCGCAAUGGGCAACGUGUGCAGUUCCGGCCAGAAGAAAAAGAAGGACAAGGACAGUGCCUCCGAAAAGUCCGACGACUCGCCUCCCUACCAGGAGGCGGAACAGAAGGACAACCUGAUCUCCACCGACUCGAGUGCUGGCGACGAGAAGCGUGCUCCUUUGGCGGCCGUGGAGGCGCUGCCGGAGGUGACGCCACUGCCAGAGGCCAAUGGAAACCAGCCGCAGGCCCAGAAGCAACAGCCGCCAACGGUCCCAGGCAAGGCAGGCGGGGCUGAUAAGGAUUCGAACAGCACCACACCUCAGGGGGCGCAGGCGCCCAGUGACGUGGCCAAUGCCAAUCCAGGAGCCGGGAACCUGAGCGUGCUGCAGGGCAAGCCGCCGCCCGGCCGGAAGAUUGAGCGGGACAAAAAGAUCGUGGUCUACAUCCUGGCCGACAACAGCACCGAGUACAAGAAGCACAAGCGCGUCGUCCACAGCCUGUACAAACACUUCAAGAGCAAGUGCCAAAGCCGUGGCUUCGACUUCAUCAUCGCCGAUGUCCACGACAGCGAGCCGGAAACGGAGCCGGGCAAUGGCAAUGCCCGCAAGGAUUUCUCGCGCCUGCAGGAGGUGAAGCGCUGGACACAGACACCGCUGGAGGCCCAGGGCGGUCACGAGGAGGCGGCCAACUGCCUGUGCGAGAUCACGCGCCACUCGGCCGGAGCGUAUGUGGUGCCGGUCCUCUUCCUGGGCGCCACCCUGGGCACUCCAAUGCUGCCGCUGACCAUAGAGAGCCAGGACUUCACCUCGGUGCUGGGCACCGCCAGUGAGGCAGAGCGCCUGCUCCUGGAGAAAUGGUACACCAUUGACAACUCCUACCAGCCGAUGUGCCACCGCCUCCAUGCCCAACAGGUGGACCCGUACUCCAGCCAGGCGAACGGAGAACUUAACGAGCUGCUUGCCGUCCUGUUGCGCCUCUUCUCCGACGACGUCAAGGACUCGUAUCUGACCACCGUGGUGGAGCAGGAGAUAAACAACACUGUGCUGAUAAGUCAGGAGCUAGCCAAGCGGUGCAUAUGGAUACAGACAGGCAACCAGAUGGCGCGACUGCCGGAUAAUGCCAGCCAGUUGGAGCAGGAGGUGCAGCGGCGCAUCAGUCAUGUUUAUUCCGGUCUCAAGAACCAGUUGAGCGAGAAGAACCUCAUCCGGCUGCUGCCCACAAUGAGCAUUCUGGACGAGGAGCUUUCGGCUGUGAUCGAGAGCCUGCUGGACAAGGUUCUGGCCGGGAUCUUCGAGGAGCACCAGCAGAAGAGCAGCAUUCCGUACAACACGCUGGGCGUGGACCGGGUGCUGCUCGAGGAACUUCGCCUGGUGGGCCACUACUCGAAGCUGCUCGCCCAGAACUCGGCCAACUUCGACAUUAUGAACGACGUGAAGCGCUACAUCCGGGACAGCACCGCCCAACCGCUGGUCAUAUCCGGCGCCCGGGGUAGCGGCAAGAGCGUCCUGGUCUCCAAGAUCAUGGAGAACGUGCACCGAUGGAAGCCGGAAGCCCAGCUCAUACUGAGAUAUGCCAAUCUCAGUGCCCGCUCCUCGGAUCUCACCUCACUGCUGGGUUCAAUGGCCAACCAGAUGUCCGUCCUGGAGACAGGUCAUCAAUGCCAAGUGCCACACACACUAGAGGCUUAUGCUCGUGUUAUCCGCGAGAUCCUGGAGCGACAGCAGCGCUUCUUUGUGCUGAUCAUCGACGGUGUGGACGAACUGCAGCGGGAGGAACUUCUCGAUUGGAUUCCCCAGCAGCUGGGCAGUGCCAAGCUGAUCCUCACCGUCAGCGAGCUGGCGGAUGAGGGCGAGGACGUGGACGGGACGGAGGCUGGGCAGGACUCCUUUGAUAUGCUCGCCGCGCUGGCGCAGUUGGGCAUACCACAGCGGUGCUUCCUGAAGCUGCGACAAUUUACGGAGCGCCAGUGGCACGACAUCCUCAGUUCCGGUGGCGGCGACUUCUAUGCGGCCAACGGUGCGCUCAAGCUGCCCGACGAAUGGAAGACGCUGCACGGCAAGACUCCGUAUCACGCCAAGUCCUUGUGGUGGCUCGCCUGGCUCGGGCAUGUGGCCCAGCCGAUCAGUGAGAUCGGGGAGAUCUCCGGCCGUAUUUUGCAGGUGCUCGAGUCCAAGUUUGCCGCCGAUCAGGUGGAACUGCUGCUGCUGAUCGUCCGACUGUCGCCGUGGGGCAUCCGCGAGAGCGACUGCCUGGGAGUGUUCCAGAAAAUGACGCAGCUGGAGGCGCAGGUCGCCUUUAAGGUCUGGUCCAAGUUCUGCUGGCUGAUGGGACCAAUGCUGUUAGAUCUUAAGAAUAUUAGGAUAGCGGACAGGAGCUUUGGACGAGCGGUCCUGGCGAGGUACGCGCAGAAACAGUGGCUGGUACAUGAAGCGCUGCGGGACUACUUCGACCGGCAGGACAGCGAGUUCAAGGGUAGCCAGGGUGCCAACACCUACAAUUACCAAAAGUACUUAAAACUGCCUUAUCAUCACUUCUGUGCCGUGAUUGAGGACAAUCCGGCGCCGCACAAGAUAGACAUACUCUUCAACUGCUUUUACUUUACGGACCUGCAGUGGAUCGCCAACAAGGUGCACGCCACGGGACCGGAGCACCUGCUGCACGACAUCCUGCAGGCGGAGUGGCUGGCCAAGUCAGGCGGCGAGUACUGCCCCCCUGGCUACGUGCACAUCCAAUUCCUCAAGCAAUUCCUCGAGCAGUACCUCCACGAGCUGAGCUACGAUGGCCAGCAGUUCUACACGCUGAUGAAGUACUAUCUGAAAACUCGCUUCAGGGAGGCACCGGAGCUGAAGGACGACGAGAAGAUACGCUCCUGGUGGGAGUACACCAACGAGCUGGAGUUCGCCUUUCUGGAGAUCCUGAACGCAGAUCUGGAUGCGGAGAAUUGCAAUCAGUCGGAGGUUGAUGCUCCAGCUUCGGAGCCCGUCAAGGGAUACGAUGUCCUGAUGAAUCUGCCCCAGCCCGGCUGCUAUGUGGCCUCCAUGUGCACCGAGCGAGCUGAGAUUUGCAUCUGGGAUGUGAAGAACUGCUGCCGCAUCCGUGAACUGCAGGGCAUCCAGCAGCCGACGGCCAUGUGUCCUGUGGGCAACUAUGAGGCCGCAGUCCUUUGUCGCCGAGAGAUCAGGGUCAUUAAUCUGGACGAGGGAAAGUUUAAGGUUACUCUUAAGGGCGUGAUGAACCAAAAGAUGCCAUAUUUUGGUCUGCAUGAUCAGAACCACUUGGUUUGUCUGUCCCGGAACCGGAUGUAUGUGAAUCUGAUGAAUCUGGAGUCGGGCGACUGUGUGACCACAUUCAAGGCGGGCGAGGACCGCUUUCUCAAUUCCCUUUUGGUCUCCGGAGAUGGACGGAUCUUGGUGUGCGGCGACGAGACCCAGAAGCCUUUCCCCCUGCUCGUCUGGCACCUUUCCCAGCGCAAGCUGCUCUACGACCUCCGAAUCCCCCACCACGACUUCAUCACCUCCCUGUCGGCGAUCACCCACGAGGGCUCCUACGUUUGCGUGGUGGCCAAGGAGCUGAACGAGCCCACGACGCCCAACUUCAUUGUGGUAUACGACCUGCAGAGCGGCACUCUGUUCAAGAAGUGGAAGCCCACCUGCAACACCGUCUCGCUGGCCAUCUCCCAGGUGAACGCCUGCGUCAUCGCUGGCCUCGAGGAUGCCAAAAUCCUGAUCUGGGACCUGGUCACGGGCAACUGCAAGAGCACCCUGAUCGGCCACAAUGCUCCGGUGACGUUCUUGAAGCUGGAUCCGCUGGGCAAGGUGCUGCUCUCCUACGACAAGGAGGGACGCGACUCUGCCGUCCGCAUGUGGGAGUUGAAUACAGCCAAAUCCCUGGCCGUGUUCAAGCCGCCGGCGCAGGUGAGCACCUGUGAGAUCCUGCCGAACGGGGCCUACGUGGUGCUGGCUCUCAAGGAUCGCAACUCGCUGUUGACCCUGGCUUUGAAGAACUACGGCGACGGAUCGGUUGCUGCCCUGGACGAUGACUGCGGCACCAUCUACGGCAAUCCGGACAACCAGCACAAAGUUUUCGACUUGAGUAAUUAAAUCAAUUAACGCUAGUUAUCAUUAUUCAAAUUAUAAAUGAAACCUAACAGGGGAGAGCUUGAGAAAGGCAUAACUCUGAAUUAUUAUAAAUAUGGCAAACAAAUUUCUCAUGCAUAAUUCAUUAGAUGUAUGUAAAAUUCUUUGAGCAAAUCUUACCAAAUGUACAAAGCAAAGGAAAUCCAAAGAAAAUUAAAAAUUUCGAAAAUCUACUCA